AGGGUGUUACAAUGUGAAUAUGUGAUGCAAUUUGAUAUCUUAUGAUAUCCGAAUCACAAAGACACAAACGAAGCUUAUACCACUGGUUCGCAGGCACACUAAACCACCAAGUCUCUUGCCGUUCUCAUUCUAUACAAAUAAUCAUGAGUUAUGACGGUUUUAAAGCGCUAUCUGUAGACAGUAAGGCUGAAGAUUGUAGAAAGCUCUACACAGCAUGGACUGAAACUUAUGAAAAGUUCAUGAUAAAUGAUUUGAAAUACGGCGGUCCAGUCGCUACUGUAGAUCUUCUAUCUCAACACCUCCAAGCUCUUGGGAAGGGUACCGAUGUAAGAAUACUUGAUCUCGGCUGCGGCUCUGGACUGGUUGCUGAAGAAUUACAAAAACGAGGCUACAACAAUAUCGACGGAGUUGACCUGUGUGCUGAGAUAAUGGAAAAAGCCAAGGAGAAGGGUGUGUACAGGACACUCACCCAGGGGGAGAUGGCAUCGGAGGGGUGUGGGAAGCUUGGAGUGGGGGCUGAUCAAUAUGAUGGUGCAACAUGUGUGGGGGUGCUGACCCAUGGUCAUGUGAAAAGCAAAGGCUUUGAUGAUUUUGUUCAUGUACUAAAACCUGGUGGUCUGGCCUGCUUCACCGUCCGACGCUUGGUUUGGGAGGAUCCCUCCUAUGGUUAUGCCACAAAAAUGGACGAACUUUGUAACGCGAAGAAGUGGAAACUGGUCGAGAAAAAAUAUGUUGAGAAUUACACGAUUGAUGACGGCUGUUGGCUGUUCUGUUGUCAGAUAUUGUAAUGAUUUUUCAUGAUAUUAAAAUCAUAAAAUUCACAAGAC